AUGGAAAACCGAAGCAGAAUCAGUGACCUGCUCAUGCAUGCCCUUGACAGCCUUCCUCAGGAAGACUUCAAAAGAUUUAAAGACAAACUAUCACAUUCUGGCUUUAAGGGAAAAGGUACCAUCCCCCUAGGUCGGCUGGAGAAUGCUGACAGGAUAGAUACUAAGAACAUAUUGAUGGCAUUGUAUGGUGGAGAUGCUGCAGUAGAUGUGACCAUAGAAAUUUUCACUCAGAUACAUGUCAGAGAAGCUGCUGCUAACCUCAGAGAAGACAGAGAGAAAGUUUUUUCAAAGGAAAAGGAGAAAAAAGCAAAAGUUGAAGAAACAAGAGGGAACAACAGACACUGGGACCUGGGACCAUGUGCAGAGAUACGUCAUACCAAGGAGCAGGGAGAUGAUCAUCCCUCUCUGAAAGGCUGUGAUUACCGGAAGAAGUAUAGAGAACAUAUACAAGGAGAAUACCAAAUAAUAGAAGAUAGGAAUUCUCGCCUGGGUGAAUGUGUGAGUGUAGACAAAAGAUACACAAAACUGCUUAUUGUAAAGGAACAUCAGGGACGGGAGGAGAAAGAACAUGAAAUAAUCACCAAACGAAAGAGACAUGCACAGUUGAUGGCUCAACAAACUAAUCUCACUAAGAUUAGUGCUUUAUUUGAUCCUGGUAGAAAUCAACAAAUCACAAGAACUGUUGUGCUGCAGGGAACAGCUGGAAUUGGGAAAACAACGACAGCAAAAAAGAUUAUGUUGGACUGGGCAGCUGGAAAACUCUAUCAGAAAAAGUUUGAUUAUGUUUUCUAUAUAAAUUGCAGAAAAAUAAAUCUUGUUACUGCACAGAAAAGUGCUGCUGAUUUGGUUUUAGACAAUUGUCCUAAUGGAAAAGGACCAAUUAAAGAAAUCUUUGAGAAGCCAGAAAAACUCCUGUUCAUAAUAGAUGGUUUUGAUGAAUUGAAUUCCUUUCUAGAUAUUGAUGAAGUUAGUCUGUGUACUGACCCAUUUGAGAAGAAGCCAAUGAAAACUGUACUGUGCGGCUUAUUGAGAAAGAAACUUCUACAAAAAUCCUUCUUACUGAUCACUACAAGACCAACUGCUCUGGAGAAAUUAAAGCAGAAUUUGAAAUUUCCAUGUUAUGCAGAGAUAAUGGGAUUUUCUGGAGAAGAGAGGAAAGAAUAUUUUCAUAAAUUCUUUGGUGAUGAAAAGAAAGCAACACAAGCUUUUAAUUUUGUCAAAGAAAAUGAAAUGCUCUUCACCAUGUGCUUUGUCCCCAUUGUGUGUUGGAUCGUCUGCACGGUUAUGAAGCAAAAGAUGGAAAAAAAGGAAGAUCUUGCACAAACUUCAAAAACAACCACCUCAGUAUAUUUGCUCUUUCUGUCCACUGUGCUAACUGAUCAUUUCACUGACUCAAUACAUAUGCAACCAUCUAAAACUACCCUGUGGAAGCUUUGCUUAUUGGCUGCGGAUGGAAUUUUAGAACGGAAAAUCCUGUUUGAAGAAGAUGACCUGAAGAAGCACAAUUUAUCCUUGUCUAACAUUCAGACUCUUUUUCUGGGUAAAAAUAUUUUUCAAAAAGACACAGAAUGUGAAGGUGUCUACAGUUUCAUUCACUUGAGUUUCCAAGAGUUUUUUGCAGCUUUGUUCUAUGUGCUAGAGAAAGAUGAAGAAACAAAGAAAAAAUCAUCGAUUUCUAAGAAAGAUUUAAACCACUUGUUAAAAAUGUAUGGACCAUCUAAAAAUAACUAUUUGAUGUUAACAGUACGUUUCUUGUUUGGUCUCUUAAAUAAAGGGAGACUAAAUGAUAUGGAGAAAAAGUUACACUGUAAAACAUCAUCUGCAGUAAAGCUGGAAUUAUUGAAGUGGUUUGAAGCAGAAGCUAAAAAAAUCUCCUCUCUGCCCUAUAAGGACUCUGAGGAACUGCAUGACCAGCUUGAGUUGUUUCACUGUUUGUAUGAAAGUCGGGAAGAAGAGUUUGUGAAACGCGCCAUGGCUAAUUUCCAAGAAAUUAGACUGGAACGCAUCAGGCUUACAACAGCAGAUGAAAUUGCUCUUUCAUUCUGUGUAAAGAACUGUUGUAGUAAUCAGUCACUUUACCUAUGUAAAUGUAUGCUUGGGAUUGGAGAACGAGAAGAAGGAUGGAUAGCAAAGCUACAGAAAUGGUUAUUUCCUCUGAACCCAGGGAUUAAAGAUAUGAGAACUUCAACUGCACACUCAUUGUGUCAAGGACUGAAGGAUCCAAACUGUAAACUAAAAACAAUAGUAUUGCGGCAGUGCGGUCUCACAGCUGCUUGCUGUGGGAAUCUCUCUUCUGCCCUCACUACAAACCAGUCCCUGACUGAACUGGAGCUGAGUGGGAAUAAACUGGGAGAUUCAGGAAUUAAACUUCUGUGUGAAGGACUGAAACAUCCCAGAUGUAAACUGCAGAAAUUAGUGGUUUGGGAUUGCCAGUUCACUGAUGCUUGCUGUGGAGAUCUCUCCUCUCUGCUCAGCACAAACUGGUCCCUGAGAAAGCUGAACCUGAGAGGUAAUAACCUGAGUUAUUCAGGAGUGAAGCUUCUGUGUGAAGGACUGAAACAUCCAAACUGCAAGUUACAGAAGCUCGACUUGUCUGAAAGGAACAUAAAUGGAAAAACAACCAAAGUAUUGGAAGUUUUGCAGAAGAUAAAACCUGGUUUAUUGAUUGUGCAUAAUGCAGCAUCCAGCCAUCAGAACCCAGGUACAAAGACAAGGAGGAUGGAAUGUCUUCCAUCUCAGUGUCAUACAUUCAUCUGCAGACUAAUGUCUCGGAGUUCAGAAAUGAUGUGGAAUAUUUUUGAGAUGCAUUAUUGGGAGGUUGGACUCAUUCUGCUGUUAAGCAUUGCUACAUAUUGGCUUCUCUGGCUGAUGUAUAUUUAAGUAUCUGAAAUGCAAGGCUGUGCAGAGGAUUUACAAAUCUUGAGACAUUUUUGACUCCCUUUAAGGAAUUGCAGUAGUGCAACAGAUUUGAAGUGGGAAUUGCUUUCCCUUUAAAGCUGGCGUGUCAAACACCUGUCCCAUGUGAUGUGUUUUUGUUGCUGCAUCAUAUACUCAGAUUCUACAGAGUAUAAGCUUUCCUUUAUUGACUUACUUUUAAAAGUAACUUUUUUGGCUUCAUAAUUGCGAAGAAAUUUCCUGUAUAUGAAAUGAAUGUCAUUGAAGCAGCGAUGUCUGGCUGAGUCUGCAGAUGGCCUGAUGACCCUGGGAGAUGUGAAUGCUAAUGCAAACACUGCCCCUCAGUAAUCUCCCUGGGGUGCUAGUUCUAAAUCCCCAAGUCAAUGUCAACCUGAACUACAGGUGGGAGGAUGGGAGUUAACAGGGAAGAAAAACCAGAAGAGAGACACAGACCAUGAAGGGGGGAGAUAAACAAAGGGGAUAAACUGAUACUGAAUGUGACAGGAAGACACUGAACAAAUAAUAAACAUCAGAACUUUUCAUUGGUUGGUAUCAUUGCUACUUAAAGGCCAUGUUCUACCCUGGAGCUCUGUGCCAACCUCCCGUUGCCAUCAGUGGCAGCUCUGCUGUGGAGCGAGGGGAGUGUAGAGUCUGAUAUUUAUUUCCUGACCCAAGGACCAUAAUUUAACAAGGAAAUUCAGCCCCUUCUAAAGAAUAAGUUUGAGAUACACCAUAGGUGUCAAUGAGAGACAGAGUACGAAGGGUUAAUUCCCCAAAGCCAUUGAGGGUCUAUGCUGAUGUAAAUCUAUUAAUACUGAAAUGGAAUCUCUGCUCUGUACAUUUAAAGCAAUCCUUGCUGAAAGUUUCUCUUUUGCCCAACAAAAUUUAAGAUGGCCAGAGAAAUACAACGCUUAUUAUUGCAUGUCAUUGCCUAAAGAGUCCCAGACAGAAUAACGAGUCUUCAACCUGGUUGAGGCCUCUAGGUGCUAUUGUAAUGUAAUAAUAACAACACACGGGGACUGGACAUUUCUGUAACCUUAAAUGCCUGUUCUAGGAGACAUAGCAGAGAGGCUGUUCUCAGCUUAGUCCUAAGUGACACGGUGUUGUUGGUAUAACUAGUAAUAGUGACUUUUUUUUAAGUGCAACAUCCUCAUGGGAGAGAUUCUAGCAAAAAUCAUCAUGAUGUCACUAAAAUUCAGAGAUGGGGAUUUUUAAAAAUGGGGAAGCUCACAGUGAAAACCUAAAGUCAAAAGUGAGGCUAUUAAAAUCCUUAGAUUUAGCAUGGAAAUGACUUAACCUUACGUCAGUUGAGUCUUAGGAAGUGUGCCUUCCCCUAAAGAAAAAAAAGAAGCAGGAAGGGUUAAAUAGAAAGAUUCAAGAGGUUAUUUAAGCCAAACAGGUCAAGUUCCAACCCCAGAGAACGCAACAGAAAGAGCAUAAAAUAUGGCAGUGAAAUGUAAAAAUGGAAGUUUGGAGGGUUUGGCGAGACUUUGAAGAGGGAUUAGCCAAGAACACACAUUCUUUCUUUCUGUAUAUCGAAGGCAAGGAGCCUGCACAGGGACUGGUGAGCUCUCUGGCCUUGCAGGGGAAAAGGAAAUAAUUAAAUAGUAUAGAGACACUGCAGAGGGAUUAAGACCCCAAGCCUAAAUGUUUGCAGAACUGGGACCCAAAUCAUUUAUUUGUAUCAAUCACCACCACAGAGGAUGUUGGGGUGAUGCCUACGGUUUUUCAGGUAGCGGAGAUGAGUCACUGUCGAAGACUGAUGUGUCAAAAGUAGAAUUGCUGGAAUAAACCAGUUAAAAAAAUGGCAAACAGUCACCUGGACCAGAUGGUUACACCGAAGAGUGCUGUAGGAAUUUAAUAAUGAAGUAAAGCUGCUAACCAUUGAAAUCAGCUCCUGUAGCUGAGACCUGGGACAUAGCAAACACUGAAUCUAUCUCUAAGUGUUGGGGUGAUCCAGGGAGUUACAGACUGGUGAGCCUUGUGACAGAUGAACACAGGCAUGUCUUUUAGACUUUCUAUUAUCUACAUAUUUAUGAGCCAGACCUUGGAAGCAGGAAAACUUCAAAGAUUUAUACUGAGAUGGGCCAGGUGAGAUGGACCUAUUCAUAGGCUGUUGUAUCAAUACGUGUUAUAUGUAUUUGUGGGUUCCUGGCUUGCUGGCUGGAUUUCCUCAGGAAUCUGGAGUCACUAAGGCGUGAAUAAAGCAAAUCCCAAGGCUGGUUAUGCAGAUGCCCAGACUCUGAAGCUUCGCUCGCUGGGGAAAGGGUCAGUGGCUGGUUUUACCUGUUUCAGGAGGCCUGGGAAACAAAAGCCCUAAAAUCAUGUUCAAGUGUGAGCCUGAACUGACAGAAGGGCUCAUUCGAUUCAAUAACCUGACAUGAACUUUGAGUGAGACACUCA